UCACGAAAUUUCUAUAUGGCUUUAUGUCAUUUAAUACUUUUUUAGCAAUAUUGGAAAAUAUCCACUUUUUACAUUUAAAGUUCUAAUUGAUACAAAAGUCAUGAGUUUCAUUUCGAAAACAAGAACAUCAUUGAGGCCCGCAAUUGCAAGUUUAAGGAUGUAUUCGGGUGAGCCUGGUUCUGGAGCUGGCAAGGGUGGCGGCACUGGAGGCUCCAUUCGCGAUGCCGGUGGCUCCUUCGGCAAAAUGCAGGCUGCUAGAGAGGAAGAGUAUUUUUACAAAAAGCAAAAGGAGCAGUUGUCAAAUAUGAAGCAGGUGUUCAGUCAAGAGAUUGCCUUCCAUCAAGACCAGAUCAAGCGCCAUGAAGAUGCUAUCCGACGUCACAAGGAGCAGAUGGCAAAGAUGGACGAGAAGUAAACACAAUCAGCUGCUAAAGGGUUAACAUCAAUAUCGCUUUGAAAGAUCAUUUAUUAUUUUACAGUGUAGUUAAAAGAGUAAGGUUUUAAUGUGAAAAAUGUUUGCUUUUAUUUACUUUAGUUUAUGUUGAGCUUUGAGCAAGAAAUAUAUUUCU